GGCGAGGUCGCGGCCAAGCCGAGGCGCGGUGGGCUCCGGGCCUGGCUGGCGAGGACCCGGCUGGCACCGGCUGGGCCUGGCCGGGGCGCGCUGUGCGCUCGGGGGACGGAGGCGGCGAGACCCGGGGGCCCCUCCGCUGGGGGGCAGCGGGCCCGCCGCGCAGGCGCCCGCGACCCCGCCGCCAUUGUGGGCCCGGGCCGCGCGGCCGCCGGGUCCCGCCGCAGGAUCUCUUCACCAGCCAUGCAAGUUCUGGCUCAGAAUUUGUAGCUAAAGGCUGCUAAGCCCUCCUUGACCCCGUUCAGGUCCUGGCUGCAGCAGCCCUUGAUAUCAUGUCUUUAUGGCUCUAGCAUGAGACUUGAAGCAGUUGGUUCACCACUGACAAGAUUAAGGGUAUUGCCAGCUUGACUCUCCAGUCUGUCGCAAUGUUAGCCCCAAGCAGGAGGACGACCAGUUCUUUGCGCUCCCAAAUCCUUCUUAUGUGGAAGCCAGACAAGGCUCAGAGCGGACUCCACAAUGUUGAGAAACAAAUGCUUGCUUCAAGAUUCUCGCGUGACACUGAGGCCCGUCGACAGAAUUUUCGGAACUUUCCGUACCCGGAGCUGUCUGGGCCUCGAAAGGCACUGAGUCAACUCCGAGAGCUCUGCCUCAAGUGGCUGAGACCUGAGAUUCACUCAAAGGAACAGAUCCUGGAGCUGCUGGUGCUGGAGCAAUUCCUGAGCAUCCUGCCUGGGGAGGUCAGGAUGUGGGUGAAGGCCCAGUACCCCGAGAACAGUGAGGAAGCGGUGACUCUGGUGGAGGAUUUGACGCAGAUUCUAGAAGAAGAAGAGCCGCCUCAGAACCCUGCCCUUUCUCAAGAGACCCCAGAGGAAGACAAAGCCACCGCCUUCUGGACAGGGUGGCGAAAUGACUUGGCGACCAAAGAAUCUAUGUCCUUCAAAGAUGUGGCGGUGGACAUCUCCAGGGAGGACUGGGAGCUGAUGCGCCCCGUGCAGAAGGAGUUGUAUAAGACUGUGACACUGCAGAACUACUGGAACAUGGUUUCUCUGGGACUCACAGUUUACAGACCGAGUGUGAUUCCCGUAUUGGAAGAACCGUGGAUGGUGAUAAAGGAGAUCUUGGAAGGCCCUAGUCCAGAAUGGGACGCUGAAGCCCGGGGGAGUACCCCAGGAAAGAUUGCUGAAUUCAAGAAGGUUGGUACCCAGACCAUCAAAUUGGAAGACGCGGAUGACUAUGAUGACAGAUUAGAGCGACACACAACAGACGCCUUCCGGAGGAUUCCCACCAAUGAACGAGAUUUCCAUUUGAAAUCAGUGUUUUCACAAGAUGAUGAUCCUGCUGAAGAGUAUCUUAGUAAAUAUGGUAUAUAUAGAAAUAAUUUUGAAAAGCAUUCAAACCUAAUUAUACAGUUUGGUACCCAAUCAGAUAAUAAAACUUCUGUGUAUAGCGAAGGCAGGACAACCUUCAGUCAUGUCUCAUAUGGUAUUGUCCAUAGGAAAUUACAACCUGGAGAGAAGCCCUAUAAAUGUAAUAUGUGUGGGAAAAAAUUUAGGAAAAACCCAUCCUUCGUGAAACACCAAAGUACCCAUGCCAAAGAGAAAUCUUACGAAUGUGAAGAAUGCGGGAAAGCGUUCAGGCACAUCUCAUCACUCAUUGCACAUCAGAGAAUGCAUACCGGCGAAAAACCAUACGAAUGCCACCAGUGUGGAAAAGCCUUCAGCCAGCGUGCACACCUCACUAUACAUCAGAGAAUUCACACUGGAGAGAAGCCCUAUAAGUGUGACAACUGUGGGAAAGACUUUAGCCAGCGAGCACACCUGACUAUCCAUCAGAGGACACAUACCGGAGAGAAACCAUAUAAAUGCCUGGAAUGCGGUAAAACCUUCAGCCACAGUUCAUCUCUGAUCAAUCAUCAGAGAGUUCACACUGGAGAGAAACCUUACAUAUGCAACGAAUGCGGGAAAACGUUCAGUCAGAGUACACACCUUCUCCAACACCAGAAAAUACAUACUGGAAAGAAACCAUACAAAUGCAACGAGUGCUGGAAAGUGUUCAGUCAGAGUACUUACCUCAUUCGACAUCAAAGAAUCCAUUCUGGAGAGAAGUGUUAUAAAUGCAACGAAUGUGGAAAAGCCUUUGCUCAUUCCUCAACUCUUAUUCAACAUCAAACCACUCACACUGGAGAGAAAGCCUACAUAUGUAAUAUAUGUGGGAAAGCCUUCAGCCAGAGUGCCAACCUUACUCAGCAUCACAGAACACAUACUGGAGAGAAGCCCUAUAAAUGCAGUGUGUGUGGGAAAGCCUUCAGCCAGAGUGUGCACCUUACUCAACAUCAGAGGAUUCACAAUGGAGAAAAACCCUUUAAAUGUAAUAUAUGUGGGAAGGCUUAUAGACAGGGUGCUAAUCUUACUCAACAUCAAAGAAUUCAUACUGGAGAGAAACCCUAUAAGUGUAACGAAUGUGGGAAGGCUUUUAUUUAUUCCUCCUCCCUUAAUCAGCAUCAGAGAACUCAUACCGGAGAAAGACCCUAUAAAUGUAAUGAAUGUGAUAAAGAUUUUAGCCAGAGAACCUGCCUUAUUCAACACCAGAGAAUUCACACAGGAGAGAAGCCCUAUGCAUGUCGUAUAUGUGGCAAAUCUUUCACCCAGAGUACAAACCUUAUUCAGCAUCAACGCGUUCAUACAGGUGCAAAACAUCGUAAUUAAUGGAUACAGGAGAUGCCAUGUAGGUCUUACCACAUAAGUGUUUCAUUUUAUUUUGUGCUCUCUGUGUGUUAAAAUACUAUUCUUAUUCAAAAGAAACCCAGAAGAAAUGCAAUGUAUGUUAGAUCCCACUCAGUGAAAGUAUCAGAAUUAAUAAUAUGGCCAUAACCCGUUUACAUUUAAUGUGAAGAAAACUUCAUUCAUGACCUAACCUUUAUUUUAUAUCUGUUUAAUUCUUUCCAGAAAGAACCCGUAUGAAAGUAAGAUAUUCGAAAACCCUGUAAUUCCUCAUCUCUUAACUGUAUUUCAGUCCUCAUCUUUUACUGUAUUUCAAGUACUUCUUAAUGAAGCCUUCUGAGUGUAACUUGCGAAAGCUUCCAUCAAAUAGAGAUUUCACACAAGAGAGUAAUCCUGGGAUUAUAAAAGAGAAAAAGCUGCUCUCAGGCCUUUAUUUCAUCCCAGCUUUCACGCCUUAAAAGAUGUAAAGAGUUCCCUUCCCCUUUUUCCUGUUAGCCAUAACUGCCAUGUGGAGCCAGUAGGUUUGGGAAAAAAAGAAAAGUUGAAAUUAUCGUAAAGAUUCUCUGUAACCAUUGUUUAAUUAUACUUUUCCCCUAGAGAGUGAAAUAUUAAGAGAAGCUUAAUGAAAGAUGAUCUGUUAGAAUAGAGAAACUAAUGUGUAUAUAACCUUUAGCCAUGUAUAGAUUUAGUUAAACAGGCAAAAAUUAAACACCCUCCCUUAAGUUAAUCUUUAAAACAUAUUAAUCUUAGUUUCGCUAGGAUUUGUCGUCCAAAGUCAUUGUAAAGGGAAAAAAUAGGCAUCCCAUUUUUUUUUCAGCUGACCACUGAAAGCAUAACUUAGGUUCCCCAGUGACUGCUGGAGAAAGUCCAUUUCUUCCAUCAAAACGCUUGUGUCUUGAGUGUUUAGGGCCCAAACCUCCUCAUUGAAUCCUUUCAGGACUUGUUAGGGUGUUGAAAAUAAAUCAAUUUAAGCAACAGAAAGCUUUCUAAAGUAAUGAGAGAUAACAAAGGACAUGAUCUUAACUGCUUUAUCACGGAAUAAGCAUAAGAAAACUACUAAAAUGGAUUGCCAAAUGCUGCCCCAUCUCCCAAGACAAGGAAGUAACGAAAGCAGCAAUAUACAGAAUACUAGAAAAAGUAAGUAUUUAAUGGGAAAUAUAUGAGUUCACUGCAGAAAGUGGAUCAGGGGAAAAUUAAGGUGAAGACUUAGAGUGAGUCCUGACGUUAAAGGUAAGUGGACUGAUUUUACUUAAGGAAGUAAGGGGCUGAUUUUAAAAAGCAAAAUUUAGCCUGUUUUAAAGAAACUAAAAGUGAAAUGACUGGUUUUUAAAGGGAUAAUUGGAAGUCGGUUAAUUCAUUAAUACAUAUAAGUAAAAUAGAGAUGACUCUUAAACUAUCAAGAAAGAAACUAUUUCACUGGAAAAAGCAUUGAUGCAGUAAACGAAUAUGAAACAAUAAUAACUGAGUUUGUGGGUCCUAAACAUAAAAGGAAAAGUGACAGAAAUGAAAAUAUAAAUAGGGGAAAAGACCAUUGUGUUUAAUCUUCACCACACUCCACUAUCAGACCAAAAGGCCAUUUUCUGAGAGCUGAGGUUUCAUCUUACUCAUAUUUGUUUCUCCAGUGCCUUGCCACUUAGUAGGUGACUGGUACAUGUUGGCUGAAUUAAUGAAUAAAUAAGUAGACAAAUUAGAGUUGAGACAUGGCGUAAAAUUGGUAGAACUAAAACAUUUUCUUUGUGCAUACGUGAAAAAUAUUUAACAAAAGUUGAUCAUUUACUAGGUAAGAGGAACUGCUGCAAAACUCAUGAAAAAUCAGGAUAUUGCUUUUUUUAAAAAAAUCAUGGGACAACUUUGCACAAGGAAGUUUUCCUAGUGCUGUAACUAUCAACUUAAGCAUUUAUUGAGCAUGUGGUUUCAUUUGGAUGUUACACUAUUGCUGCAAACAUCCUACAAAAAUGCUGGAGGAAGGACCUAGGGUGCUAGCAUCUUCAAAGCUUUAUGGUUGAGUGCUGUCAUCAAGAAAUUUUUACUUUCCCUUGUUCUUACAUUACUUAACCGUGAUUUUGUGGUGUCAUCCUUUCCAAAAUGCAGAUUGCCUCCAGGUUGCAUAAUACUCAAAUUAUUCUUAUGCCAUAGGUAUGUUAAAAAAUAACAGUUGUACUCAAGAUGCAAUUUUUUUUUAAUGCUGCUUCAUACCUUCCACAACACGUUUUUCUCUUGGAAUGAAUGUGUGGAGUAUUACAGCCCAUAGCCCUUGCUCUGCUUUAAUCUGUACUCCUUGCCUUUGUGUAUUUUAUGUAAAUAAUGCACUUAGAAAAAAGUCUUCCACUGAUACACCAAGGCAAUUGAUGCCUUAUAAAAUAAUAGCAUAAUAGUGGAGAAUCAGAUUUUUUGUGUAUUUUUCCCACUUUUACGGUUCUCAUCCAUGUGCAGUGCAACAUUUUUUUAGCAAAUAGUAUUUUUACACUUUUUUUUGCUGUUCCAUGGAUUUUUUAAAACUUUUAUUCUAGUACCAUAUAUACAACCUAACAGUUAAACAUUCAACUUUUUAUUAUGAAAAAUUUUAAGUAUACAAAAAAGUUGAAUAAAACAAACCGUAUACUUACCACCUAGACUUAAAAAUUUACAUUUUCCCGUAUUAUUUACAAUUUGGAAGUAACUUACAGACAUGAUGUUUCACUCCUAAAUACUUAAGCAUGUACCUCAUAAAAAUAAGAACAUAAGGACAGUCUUCUACUUAAGCACAGUACCAUCACGUACCACACACACACACACACACACACACACACACACACACACACAGUAAUUCCCUAAUGUCUAAUUCCUAGUCCUGUUUAAAUUUCCCAUUGGUCCAGUCAGUGUUCACACAUUACGUUUGAUUGUUAUGUCAUUUCAUCUACCUAGAACAGUCCUCACCUUUUUGUUUUUCCAAGACCUUUUUUUUUUUAAAGAGCUCAAGUCAGUUGUCUUGAAUGUCCCACAUUCAGGAUUUAACUGAUUGUUUCCAUGUGGUUGGUUUCUCCUUUUCCUAUAUCCCCCAUAGUUUCUGUAAAUUAUAAGUUAGUCCAAAGCCUUCAUUGGGUUAAGUUAAAUAUUUUUAACAUUACCGCUUCACAGAAGUGGUUCAUGUUGCAUCACAUUGAAAGUCCCAUUAAUGUCAGGUUGACUCUGCCAGUGAUGCAAAUUUGACAGCUCAUUUAAGGUGGUGACCACCAGAUGUUUGCAACUUAAAGAUAUGUUUUUCCUGUUGCAGUUAAAUAAUCUGUGGUGCAACAUGGGCAACAUACGAAUAUCCUGUCACCUGGUAGUUUUAGUAUCUAGAGAUGAUCCUUGAAUCAGUUAUUUCAUCCAGAUUGGCAAGAUGGUGAUUUUGUAAUUUUUUUAUUCUUCCUAGUUUUAUUGACUGGCAUUCUGUAAGGAAGAGCUAACUGGGAAUGAAGUACAGGCAGGGUAAGGUGCAAUUCUUUGCCGUUAAUUACCAGUUUUCAGGGCCAGCAUGUGGUGGUGUCAUCUGCAGUGAUGACCGGUGACUCAGUGUGUUCUAAUCAGUUAGGGACAUUGCUACUGAUGGCUGAAAUUGUCCCAAAUUUGGCCCAUUGCAACCCUUCAGGGAGCUCUUUUGACUCUUCCCCUUUAGUCUUUGAGCACUUAAUUGCCUUCCAACACAGGAUAUCUCAGGCUCACUUUGCACUUUCAAAACCCCAGAUGUGGAAUGAGCCAUUUCUCCAAUGACCCCUGGUUCCUUUUAAUAGGCAGCUGUUUGGAAACCAAGAUGUGGGCACAGGACAUGCUCACUGCUAUUGGAGAGUAGCAAUUGAGUCCAAACCAUUGAACUUAGUUUUCACAGAGACAACUCUUUGCACUCGUUUCAUCAGUUACAUAAUCUCUUAUUAUGUAAUGGGGGAUAUAAUUACAUACAUAGGAUAAACUAUUUUGGCAGUAAACAACUAAGUCUUGUUAAGCAUACAAUUAAUUGGAGAGAACAGAAGUGUUACAUGUACUAGAAAGCAGCAAACUUAACCACAAGAAAUCUGCCAAGGCCAUCAGCAAAUUUUGCAGAGGGAAUCAAGAGUGUCAGUUAAUCUGGCAAGUAGGUUAAACAGAGGGCAGUUAAGAGGUCAACUAAAUGUGUAAGAGCUGCCAUGUAGUGCUUUAAUUGUCUCUCUUAUAUGUCAUGAUCUCUUACAUGUCACAUUCCUUUCCCAUCACAUUCCUUAAGGCAGGUUUCUGAUAGGAUUUUAGAUCCCGAAUCCUGGGGAUCUGUUUCUUGCAAAUCCAAGGACUAGUUUUUCUUGCUGAACCUUUAUUUGGGCUAUUAUGUUUCGUUCUUUGACUGUCUUCUGGUAUCAGUUCACACGCAUGUGCCUGUAAAUGUACCCUUUGUCCUCUAUUCCUGUUAUUCUCAUGGCUCUAUAGUUCACCGUAAUUAUGAGCCCCUUGGAACAUUAUAACCAUUAAAAAUGGCCAGCAUGUGCACUAGA